AUGUCUCAAACCUGCCAUGCACCGGGAUCAGGAAAUAACUCGUGUAAGAAAUGCACCGACAGUGAUAUUUCCAAACUGUGUAGCGUCACAGAAGCUGGAAAAUGUAACAGAAAUGAUUUACAUAGUGGAAAGAGUGGAGAAUUUGAGCCAUAUGAUGCCUUCAAUGCCGCACUAUUCUCUGCAGUGGCUUACACAGAUUAUCCUGCGGGCUGUGCAAAUAAGAUUCUUCCAGGUUUUCUUGAAGUUGUCGAGGUGAUAGGGCGGAGAUGUAAUUAUCUCUUUAAAUAUAAGGAGUGUUUUGCAUUUACUGCAGUAUCACAUGCUUGGAAAAAGAUCAUUCUUGCUUAUCGGGGAACAGCAAGUCCGCUACAACUUAUUGAAGAAGCUGUUACAGCUCUUAAAUUUAAAGUACCUGCUAAAGGUGGUGGUAAUGUUCAGGCGUACUUCAGGAACGCAAACGAUCGAAUUUAUCCAUGCGCUAAGUCAAGUAUUAAAGAUUUAGUUCAGAAGUACCCACAUUACCGGGUAGUCGUGACUGGACAUUCUUUGGGUGGAGCUAUUGCAUCUGUUGCAUCAGCUCAGCUGUCGUUUGAUAACGUAAUUGACAAGGAUAAAACAACGCUUUACACUUUUGGAAUGCCGAGAGCUGGAGACCGACCCUAUGCCGAGAACCAUGAUAGGCUUGUCCCAAAAAGCUGGCGGGUCGUGCAUUUCAGGGAUACUGUAGCUGAUGUACCGAAAAGGACACUCCUUUCUAGUAGUCCCUUUCAUCAUCAACGAGAGAUCUUCUAUGGAAAAAACAUGUCUAUGUUCAGUGAUUACAUUGAAUGCUUUAAGUACGAAGAUCCGGAAUGUAAAAACAGCGUAUACACAUCAACAUCGUCCAUUGAUUAUCACAGAAUUUACUAUGGUAUAAACGUCGGAUCACACUGUGACGACAAGAUGAAUAGGCGACGUAAAAGGUCCGAUGCAGAUUCAGACAUGAGCCAUCUUUUCUCAAAUGAUACAUGCAAGCGGAUCAAAGUUGCUGACCUGCCAACCAGUGGGGCUGUGAUAUAUGUGCAUACAGCGAUGAGUAUCACAGCAGUAUUUUUGUUCUAUGUAGCACUGCGACCUGUACAAUGCUGA